AUGGAGACCUCCAUAUUGCGCUGUUUGGUCUUCCUCUCAGUUUCUUUGAGCCUUGUCACUGCCAGCGUCAUUUCAUUAACGGUUUCCGAGAGUCCUGCGAGCUGUGGCCAAAAUUCGUCAUGUAUUUUAGGGCCAGAUCCGCUGCAGUCGCCGUACCCGUACUAUUUCCCACCUGAAGCAAGUGCGGAAACGCCGGGUUUGUUUCCAAUGGCGGCAUGUAAAGGCGUGACGCUGGAAGAGGCGACGAUUGAUCAGCUGCAGGAUGCGAUGGGGAAGGGAUUGUUGACGGCACAGGAUUUAGUUAGUUGUUAUACACGGAGAAUAUUGCAGGUUGAUGCCUAUAUCAGCUCUAUCCUCGAACUCAACCCAGACGCCACAGACAUCGCUGAAGCCCUAGAUGCAGAAAGAAAAGCUGGGAAAGUCCGAGGACCCCUUCACGGAAUCCCGUUCCUGGUAAAAGAUAACAUCGCCUCAAAAGACCAAAUGGAAACGACUGCAGGAAGCUAUGCCUUGCUGGGCUCAGUAGUUCCGCGCGAUGCACAUGUAGUAGCGAAGCUCCGUCAAGCUGGCGCUGUACUGUUGGGGAAAGCUACCUUGAGCGAAUGGGCUGAUAUGCGCUCCAAUAACUACUCUGAGGGUUAUUCAGCCAGAGGUGGACAAGCUCGAAGCCCUUACAAUCUCACCCUCACUCCGGGAGGGAGCAGCUCAGGUAGUGCAGCAGCCGUCGCAGCCAACGUUAUCACAUUCGCUCUUGGGACCGAAACUGAUGGAAGUGUAAUCAACCCUGCUGAACGCAACGCUGUAGUAGGCAUUAAACCAACCGUCGGCCUGACAUCAAGAGCAGGCGUAAUCCCCGAAAGCACUCAUCAAGACACCGUCGGUACUUUUGGCCGGACAGUCCGCGAUGCCGUCUACGCCCUCGAUGCGAUUUACGGCCCAGAUGCUCGCGAUAACUACACCCUCGCGCAAACCGGCAAUACCCCCCCUUCUGGCUACACGCCCUAUCUUACCUCUUCCGCUGCUCUCGCCAACGCAACUUUCGGCAUUCCGUGGUCCAGCUUCUGGGUCUACGCCUCCGAGUCCCAAAUCUCCACGCUCCUUACGCUCCUCUCCGUUCUCGAAUCCUUCGGCGCCACGAUCGUAAACAACACUGAACUCCCCUCAGCCGCCGAGCUCAUCUCCCCGGACGGCUGGAACUGGGACUAUGGCACCACACGGGGCUACGCCAACGAAAGCGAGUACACCGUCGUGGCCGUCGACUUCUACAACAACAUCGCGUCGUACCUCUCCGAGCUCUCCAACACCGCUAUCAAGAAUCUUGAAGAUAUAGUAGCGUACAACUUCGCGAACGACGGGACAGAGGGCGGCAACCCGUGGCCGAACGGCAUUCCCGCGUUCUAUUCGGGGCAAGAUGGGUUUUUGGCUAGUCUGGCGACGAACGGGACGAUGGACGACACGUAUUUCCAAGCCCUCUCGUUCUGUCAAACGAAGAGUAGGGAGGAGGGGAUUGAUGGCGCGCUUGCGAAUGGGGGAAGUCCCGUGGAUGCGCUGCUUGUCCCACCUGAUGUUGGGCAGACGUAUCAGGUUGCGGCGCAGGCGGGAUAUCCGAUGGUGACGGUUCCGGCGGGAGUGAGUCCGGAUACGGGCAUGCCGUUUGGGUUGGCGUUGAUGGGGACGGCGUGGAGUGAAGGGAGUUUGGUGAAGUGGGCGAGUGCGAUCGAGGAUGCGCUGGUCAAAGGGGGGAAGGAGAAGGGGUUAGGGAGGACCCUGCCGAAGUGGUACGGGUAUUUACAGAAGAAUGUGCCGGUGUUAAAUCUUUAG